CAUGAGCGCACUUUGGAAGACGUGCUUUUCGGUGACGAAAUUCCUGACACCACAUCACAUUUCGGUGAUGACAGUGGUGUGAAGUCUGUGCAUGAGCUUAUGGAACAAAAUGAACGGCUUACCAAGAAUCUGCAACAUACUCGUGAGCUGUUGAGUGAUUCUGAGGCAACGAAUGCAACGCUGGUUGCUCAGAGUCUGCUUCUGAAGGAGGAAAUUCGUCGUAUGGAAAGAAAUGAGGAACGUUUGAGUCACAUUGAGAACAGCGAAUACUUGAAGAAUGUUAUUAUCAAGUUUCUCUGUCCGGAGCGAGUGUCUGGAGAACGUAUGCAGUUGGUUCCCAUUCUGACUACCAUGCUUCGCCUUUCUCCUGAGGAAACUGAACGUCUCAAUCGCAUCGCUGCUCAAGAUGAAACAUCUCGUCGUGAAUCUGAAGGCACGUGGGGAUCUUAUCUGCGUUGGGGUCGCCUCAACUAG